CUUGGCUGGGCCCGUCCCUGGUCCUCUGGGUUUAUCUGUGUUGGGCUCUGGGCUGGUAUUAUGGACUUCAUCCAGGCAGUUCGCCUGAAGACCAAUGGGAUCACAAAGGGAGAAAAGCCUCCAAGGGAGCUUAACCCUGUGUAUCUCGUCAGUUGGGACCAGGAUGACCCGAUGAACCCCCAUAAUUGGUCCGACCGGUAUAAGUGGUGGGUGACGUUUCAACUGGGCAUGUUGGCUCUCACGAGCACUCUGGGCUCGAGUAUCCAAACGCCAGCCGACGCUACCAUCGCGAAAUAUGUGGGUGUCAGCCGCGAGGUCUCGGUCCUGGAGGUUACUAUGUACCUGGCUGGGUAUAUGUUCGGCCCUGUCAUCUGGGCUCCCAUCUCGGAAAUCUGGGGCCGCAGGGUGAGUAUGCUACCAGCAGUCUUUAUCCAGGUGCUUUUCGCCCUUGGGACUUCCAGGAGCACCAACGCAGCUUCGGUGUUUAUCACCAGGUUCUUCGCUGGCUUCUUCGGGUCUGCCCCCAGCAGCAAUGUCAUGGCUGCACUGGAUGAUAUCUGGGGUCGUGAACGACGAGGAGUGGCCGUCAGCUUUUACGCAGUAGCAGUGAACGGAGGCGCUUCUCUCGGCCCUCUCAUCGGUUCAGCUCUGGUUAUGAACGACAGGCUCGACUGGCGGUGGACCGGAUAUAUCCUCGCCAUCUGGCUCUUCGUUAUCUUCGCCAUGGCCUUCUUCUUUCUCCCCGAAGUGUACCCUCUGCUUCUGCUGAAGCAAAAGGCACAACGGCUUCGGAAGGAGACAGGCGACCAGCGGUACUAUCACCCUCACGAGCACAUGAAUCUCGACAUCCACUCCAUCGUCACCAAGCAGUUCUCCCGUCCGCUGCUCAUGCUCUUCACAGAGCCAGUCGUCUCCUGCAUUGCCAUGUAUGCCGCCUUCGUCUACGGCGUAUUUUAUCUCUGCCUCGAAGUGUUCCCCAUCGUAUUCCAAGAGAUCCGUGGCUGGCACCCCGUCGUCGCCGCCCUCCCCUUCCUAGCCCUCUUGAUCGGUGUCAUUUGUUCCGUAUGGUUCAACAUCUGGAAUCAGUCCCGGUAUAACGAGAUCGCGCGCAAUGCCAACGGCAGAGCAGUCCCAGAAGCCCGACUGUUCCCCAUGGCAGUCGGCGCUGUAUUCUUCGUCAUCGCUACCUUCUGGUUUGCAUGGACAGCCAACCCACCACACCAUUGGAUCCUGCCGUGUCUUGCAGCAUUAUUCCUCGGACUCGGAUUCGACUGCAUCUUCCAGCAGUGUCUGAACUAUCUCAUUGAUAUGUAUGGUAUAUAUGCAGCGAGUGCGGUUGCGGCAGUCACCUUUCUCCGGAGCAUCAUGGCCGCGGGCCUUCCCCUUGCGGCGAGGCCUAUGAUCAGUGCCUUGGAUGUUGGACCGGCAGUUUCUAUCAUCGGCGCUGUUGCAGCGGCUCUCAUGCCGAUUCCGUUUCUGUUUAUGAAGUAUGGCGCGCGGUUGAGGAGGUUGUCAAAGCUUAGACCCGAGAGCCCAACUUAAAGUACUAGAUAAGCAUGGUCAUGUCAUGUCUAUAGAAAACUUUGUUCUCGCUCAAACUUUCAGUCCGGGUCUCAUCACGUUAAGCUUUUGGAAGCAAAGUACUUCUUCAACUGUCAUUUAAUAUCAAAAACUGUCACUAAUACCGUCUCCGGCCAUCGAGGUCCUACAAGCCCUCCAUCCCUGCCCCUGGUUCUACUCUGCACUCCGACUUCGGAUGAACUCCAAGUGCCAUCAUCUCUUAAUGGAAACUUUUACCCCGUCAGAUCAACCCAAGGAAAAGGAGCUCAGGAGACUCUUAGACGUCGUGAAAUGUUUGUAUAGACCUAGAGACUCGGAGUUAGAGACGUUGGCGGUGCAUCAAGCACUCCUUUGCCCGCGGGUGCGAGAUGUCCUGCACGAUACCUACAACCAGGCAUUGUUCGUAAGACUGCCGGUGGAAGUCCAGGUUAUGAUCGCCCG